AAGAAGUCCUUCGAUUAAAAAUCACAAAAUGUUAAAACAACAUUCCGCGCUGUUUUCUUCGCCACAACACACGUUAUUUGUUUCAUAAGUUACUUUUAAUUACCUAGAGAAUAUUAAUACGGAUCUCUAUUAUUUAAAUAUAUCUAUUAGAGUACAUUAAUUUUCUUCAGUGCUUUCUUUCGCGUUAGGAAGUGCGGUUCAAAAUGUGGUUCCUGGUAAUCGCUGCGAUUUUCUGUUUGUAUGUGUAUCUGUGGUUGCGAAUGUAUCCGGGUAAUCUACCGGUAUAUCCAGGUAGAUUACCCUUACUCGGUAAUAUAUCAUUAUUUUGGGGGAGCACUAUAGAGAUAUGGGAGAAAAUAAAGAAAGUGUCGAUAUUUUCAACUCAAAACGGUGACGUGGUGAUAUUCUACCUUGGAAUUAUACCAAUUUAUGUAAUAACUGAUCCCGAUGACUGCAGCAAAGUGAUGAGCUCUAGCCUGCAUCGUCCCGGGAUUCUGAAGAAAUUUUCGAGACGGUUGCUUGGUAAUGGUCUGCUCGUCGGUCCAGUUUCAGUAUGGAAGGAGCACCGUAAACUUAUAAACCCGACUUUCAAUCAGCAAGUCCUGGACAGUUUUAUCGUCAUAUUCAAUUCGCAAAGCCGACGGCUGAUGGAGCGCUGGAAGAGCUACGCCGGCAUGGGGCCAUUUGAUCAUCAACUUUGCUUGGAGAAGAAUACAUUGGAAACUGUUUGUUUGACAACAGCGGGAAUCGACAUCACAGACCAGAAUGAGUUUAACGAAGAGUGUUUAAUGGCCUACCGCACCGUCCUCAGCAGUUUGAUGGAUAGGGGCAGGAACCCGUUGCUUUACAUCAACUGUAUAUACAAUAUGUCCAAUUUAAAGAAAGACCAAGACCGUAAUAUAAAAAUAACACACGAUUUGACUAAUCUGGUGUUAAAACGAAAAAGAGAAGGAUACAAAGAAAUUAAUAAUAAUAAUUCUGAUUCAAUGUUCAAGCCAUUCCUACACCGUUUGCUAGAACUAACGAGCAGACUGAGUGAACAGGACAUUCGAGAGGAAAUGAACAAUAUCAUCCUCACUGGCUUCGAAACCAGCUCGGGAGUGCUGCUUUUCUGCCUACUGCUAAUUGGGACAUAUCCUGAUGUACAAGAGAAAUGUCUCCAAGAGAUCAACGAAGUCCUGGGUGAAUUAGACAGGGACGUGACAAAAGAAGACUUAUCACAACUAAAGUAUCUCGAAGCCGUGCUCAAGGAGACAAUGAGAUUGUGUCCUGUCGUUCCCAUGACCGGGAGGAUUAUUACAGAAGACAUGCAGCUUAAAAACGCAGUCCUACGUAAAGGUCAUCUGUGCGUUGUGUCGCUGUAUGGAGUGUUGAAUCACCCCAUGUGGGGAAAGGACGUCAACGAAUUCUCACCCGAACGCUGGCUCGACCCCACCCGUCUACCACAAAAUCCCAAUACCUAUGGAGUUUUCGGCUACGGGAGGAGGAAUUGUAUUGGUAAAGUGUAUGCGAUGAUGACAAUGAAGGUGACUCUGGUACAUAUUCUUCGGGCAUACCGGGUUAGCGGACAAUACCAUCAAAUGCGGAUCAAAAAUCAGGGUAUCAAUAAGCCAGCUGACGGACAUCACAUUUCUAUAAAUCACCGAUAAUAUUAAGUAGUACAUUUAUUAUUGAUUAAUAGUUUUUGUUGCGAUGAGUGUAGUUAAACAGUUAUGCAAAUAAUUUUUUCGUUAGUCAUGUCGGAUAUGAGUCCGAUCUCGCUACAAUUAUAAGUCGUAACACCUGUAGUACCGAAAUACAACGAUGUUUCUAAUUUGUUAAAUUAUUAAAUAUUGAAUGUUGUAUUGUUUUUCUAAACAUUAAUUACUCUCGAAUUUUAAUAGUACAAAAUAAAAAAUUGUUAUCAUA